AUGGAGGACGUGGAUUCCUCCGAGGACCGUCUCUUCGCGACGUUUGAUAAUUACCAAGAGUUUCUGGACACUCAACGGACGCUGUUGUCGUCUGACAUUUUGGAGGAGCCUGGAGCAGUAGCUGAUAGAGAGGAGUCACUUCUUCUGAAUAAGCUAAUUGGUACUCUCAACGAAUACCAAGAACAAGCAUAUCUCUUGGAUCCGUUCCUGGAACAACUUGUCACACCGGUCGUUGAGGCUUUGAAGCGUCAUGCUAGAGCGCUGAUAGAGGAUCAGUCGACGGACGUGAAGGGCACUCGUGUGAGCCGCGUCGCGCAGCUAUUGUACACUUAUAUCAAAUGUGGACUUACUUCGUCGCCCUCAGCAAAGUUCUUCCCUCACGAGAUCGCAGACCUUUCCAUCGUGCUAGAGUACAUCUCGUCGCCACGGAGCCCGUCUCAGGACCCCGCCCAGUGGUCUUUGAGAUAUGUUGUGCUCCUAUGGCUCUCCCUCAUCUGCAUGAUACCAUUUGACUUGGAACAAUUUGACGACCGCGACCAACUCGGACAGACCGCUAUUAUGAUGGAGGCUCUAGGCAAAUCAUAUUUGGCCAAGGCAGGAUUAGAACGCGAAGGUGCAUCAAUUCUGCUUGCGAGAUUCUACAUGAGAAAGGAUACGUGCGUGAACUUCCCCGCGUUCCUCGAAUGGGCUACGUCAUUCAUGAAAUCUCCAACCGAUCCAUUUCCUGCGAUUGGUAUCCUGCAAGUCUUGUGUGAGAUUGCAAAAGCUGGGUCUGCUGAGCAAGUAUCUACGCAUGUAGCCACGUUGCUUGAGGUCGUCAACGCCGUACAAGAAAGCCAGAGCCUCAUGGGAAAUAGCCUUAUUCGUAAAUUGCGCACAAAGCUCAUCUCCCGGAUCGCUUUGCGAUUGCUCCCUGCCACAUUCAGCGCUGCACGCACCAGAGGUCGAGCCUUGACUGCGCAUCACGAGGUAGAUUCCAACAAAGAACAUUCCGCUGAGGAGGAAAUUGACGUCCCAGAAGAAGUCGAAAGCAUACUGGAGGAGCUUUUUAAAGCAUUGCAGGAUAAGGAUACGAUAGUGCGAUGGUCAGCUGCUAAGGGUGCUGCACGCAUAUCUGAGCGUCUCCCUGCUGAGUUCAUUGAACAAGUAGUGGAUACAGUGAUCGGGCUCUUCUCUAUACAUUCUAUCGCAGCUGCUAGCAUAUAUGACAUGCCAUCCAUUGCAGAAGGGACCUGGCAUGGCGCCUGCCUCGCAUGUGCCGAGAUAGCCAGGAGGGGUCUCAUCGCAGACGAGAAGUUGCCUGACCUGAUUGGCUGGCUCUGCAAGGCCUUGUACUUCGACAUCCGAAAGGGCGCGCAUUCCAUCGGCUCGAGUGUCCGGGAUGCAGCCUGCUAUGUGCUUUGGUCGCUUGCGAGAGCACAGCGUACCUCAGCGCUGGCGCCGCACGCAGAAAACCUGUCUCGACGGUUGGUCGCAGUAUCUCUGUUUGAUAGGGAGAUACACAUCCGCCGGGCUGCAAGCGCUACCUUCCAAGAGUAUGUUGGGAGAACGAGCCUGUUUGCUCAUGGGAUUGAUGUCCUGCGGAAGACCGAUUUUUAUGCAGUUGGGAUACGCCGGCAUGCGUUCCUCGUUGCUGCGCGUGAGGUUGCAGAACAUGAAGCGUACAGGCCGUUUUUAAUCGACCAUCUAUUGACCAUCACUAUUCGACAUUGGGACCCAGCAAUGCGACUACUUGGAGCACAAUCCCUGCGAGCCAUUUGCGAACUUGAACUCCCAGCUUUGGGCCCCAAAGCUGCAGAAAGAGCGUCCUUGUUCGCCAUGGGUCCUGAUACCAGCGACAUACACGGCUCACUUCUGGCGCUCACGGAGAUAUCCUCUGCAUAUCGCGAAGCGGAACGAAGUUUCGAGUUAGAGUGUCGCAAGAUCUUCGCAUCCCUGUCGCAAGUCCCGCUCAACAUCAUAGAAUCUCCGAGACAUGAACUGGUGACUGCCGCAGCAUGUAGCUUGAUUGCGAGCAGCAUUUCUGCUUCAGAAAUCGAUCUUGAAAAGACAUCCGUCCCCCACUGGCGCAAAAUCGUCGACAUUGGUUUGAAGAGUAGGAGCACGAUAGUUCAGGAGGCUGCAGCAACGGCCAUGGCUGCCGUGAGCAAGCUUGUUGACUGCUCUGCUGAUGCCCUUCUUGACGGACUUACCGAUUAUACAUCCGAUGAACGAGGCGACGUUGGUUCCUGGGUUCGGAUCGCUUGUGUGAAGGGCCUUACGACGUUCGCUGAGACCAUGUUUGGCCACGCGAGAGAAUUGCCGAAUUUCCCGGAAUACUUUCCUGCGUCAAGAUACCACGACGCCGUCGGUGGGAUUCUGAAGCAAGGUGUAGAGAGACUUGACAACGUCCGUCAGCAAGCUGGCGAGUGCUUCUUGCGCCUGCUUCGGCUGCAGCUACCUCAAGUGACCCAUGCGGAAGAGUGGCAAAUACAAGGCGCAGAGAACAUGAAGAAACUUGAGGGCGAGAUAAUAGGCUGGAACGACGGCGAGACGCUUUUCCCAAAAGCUGUCAGCCUGCUCGAAAUCGAGAGAUACCGUGAGGCCAUCCUUGCCGGUCUCGUGCUGAGCGCGAGCACGAAGACAGACAGCACUCAACGCCCUGUGACACGAAGUCUAGUUACAUAUGCGCAGAGCCUCCCACUUGUUGCCACACCGUCAACGCGCUACGACCUAUGCGGCUUGGCGAAAGACCUGCUUGCGCCGGCUGCGCAGAAUCUCAGCGCAAACAACGUUGUCGUGCCGAUCCUGCAGACGUUUAAUGUUCUGCUGGAAGCUGAUGCAUUUGAUCCGCUGCCCGAGCAGCCUUCCGGUCUAGACAGCCUCAGAAGUUUGCUCAGAAUCGCCUCGAGGAAUGUCGCGCGGCUGAAAAAUCUGCAACGAAUCAUGAUGUCAAUGCGAAUUGUUGUCAACAUCUUGCCAUUGGAACCACUACGGGCGGAAUGCGUAGCACAAUUGCCCAGCUUCCUGACUCACCAAUAUCCGAAGGUCCGAGCAGACACAGCGGAACAUCUGUAUCUUGUUCUCCAGAGUAAAUACCUCGGCUUCGAAACUGACGGUAUCGAAGAGGUCCUCUUGGAGACAGAAUGGUUCGUAUUCCGCUCAUUGUCGACCGCUUGUCCCCUGACGCUGAAUAUUCCAGGACGUCGAGCGAUACACACGCCCUACAAAGCGCGACAGAAAUAUGUACUCGGCUACUUUCAGGCUCAGUUGCAUGAGCAAGACUGGCACCUAGCAGUAAGUCGAAACGACGGACCGGACCGAUUUAAUGACGUAGUUUACAACAAUUGUAACACCAUAAGCGUGGGAAUAAAGACGUCAGAAUAUGUGGACUUGCGCGGCAACGCUACCUUGAAUUCGUCGACGUGCUCUCACUUGUACUGUAACUCCUGUGCUCCCUAA